AUGCAGUACCUCAAGUCCAAUGAGAAAGUUCCGGAAGAGGCAGACCGCAUGCAUGUCAGAGACAACCUCAAGGCCGUACAGGUUCGCAGGUACUGUGUGAGUCAGGUGGACAUCACUGGCCACACUCUCACUGACUACAAGUACAAAGACAUCGAGUACAUGGCAAAGGUUGCAGAUCAUCCGGGAGCCUUUGUUGUGGCUGCUGGCGGAUUUGGACGACUGGUGAAGUUCAAAGUUCAGAAACACACUCCUAGAUACCUGGAGCCGGCUCCGAGGAUCCUGGCCCUCUCAGAGAACUGUAUAAUAGAGAGAGACCCCUCCACUUACAUUGUCGUUACCAUACGACCACUCAGUGAGGUGUUUGCUCUGAUUCGCUACACCAAUGAUCCCCAGAGGUUCAGCAUUGAAGAUGCCCUGCUGUGCAGUAUCCUGGAUGGAGUGAGGGCCAGUGGGAACAGAGACAUCUGUAUAUUUUCAGAGAACAAGGAGAAGCUCAUCAACGGAUCCCUCACCGCACUGCUGAUGAAGGAAGGAGACCAGAGUUCCCUCCCAAAUGACAGACUAGAAGAACAGUUCCAUGCCCUCAGGAGACUAGUGGCCUCCAAGGCUGGCUACGGGGCCUUCACCUCCCUCACCAAGAAGGACGACGGGAUCAGCCAUGCCUGUGUGGACUUCCUGUGUGCCCUCAUGCAGCCCAUGCACGACAACUACGACCUGAGACAGGAGCAGAUGAACAAGUCCUCUCUCCUCUCCAGCAAACCGUUCCUGGAGAUGGUGCUGGAACCUCUCAAGACACACGUGCACCCUUCGCUGGCCAUCGUGAAGGCGGCUGGACUUAUCAUGAAGGCCAUCAUUGAGGAGGGGACGCCGGAGAUGGCGAAGAAGAUGCAGGACCUGGCACUGGCAGAGGGAGCUCUCCCGCGGCACCUCCACACCUCCCUCUUCACCGCUUCCAGUGACAACAGACUCCUCACUCACAGUCCUACAAUCAGACCACUUGUUUCAAUAUUCAUGAUCUCACUAGAAUCUCCAAAUAAGAAGAUCCAGGACCAGGUCACCUGUGGGAUAUGUCUGGAGCCCUACAAACAGCCGAGGCUGCUCAAGUGUUUCCACGUGUAUUGCGAGCAGUGCCUGCAACGUCUGCGCUGCAAAGAAAUUCAUCAAGAUUGGUAUGAAUUGAAAACCCACGAAUUUAUCGACCUAGACACCUUGACUGGAGAUCUCGUUCCUCCUCUCAAGAAGACUCUCUUUUGUGCCACUCAUCCGUCAAAGAAGGCAAAGCUCUAUUGCGAGACGUGUGACGAGUUGAUAUGUCGAGACUGCACCGUUCGUGUUCAUCGCGACCACCAGUACGAUCUGGUGCCCGAGUCGUUUGCCAAGCAAGAGAAAGUGAUCGUGGACUCUAUCAAGGCAGUGGAAGAACAGAUUGCUACUCUAGAAAGAGCCGUUGAGUCGGUUGACACGCAAUGUGCUGCAGUCGUAGAACAGAAGACUGCUGUGGUGGCAGAUAUCCGGACUGCCAUGGCACACCUGCGACAAGCUCUAGAAGCGAGGGAGACAGAGCUGGUGGGUCAAGCUGAGCAGACGGCGCAGCAGAAACUGAAGACCUUGGCAGCACAGCGAGACGGGUUUGAAUUGCAACUGGGCCAGCUGAGGAGCUGCCAGGACUUUGUGGAGGAGAGCCGACGUACUUGCAGCCAGGGGGAGAUUCUGAGGACAAAGAGUCCUCUCGUGAAACAAGUCAACGACCUGACAGGCAGCUUCAAGCCAGAGACAUUGGCUCUUGCCGAGCAAGCCGACAUGGUGUUUGCUCACAAUCUGCCUGAACUGGUGAAGACUUGCCAGCAGUUUGGUAAGGUGUACUGUCAUCCAGUGUACCCUGAGAAGUGUCGAGCCUCAGAUAGGGAGGGAGAAGCCUACCUCAGACCUGUAGACAGCUUGAGGUGUGAACUAGUUGCUAGCGAUGGCAGCAGUCGAGUCAGGGGCACUGUGAAGAGAAGAAAUCAAAACAUCUACGACAUCAGCUACCACCCUCAGGUCGCUGGGGAACAUCAACUACACAUUCUAAUAGAAGAGCACCCAAUCUUGAACAGUCCAUUCAAAGUCACCGUUCUACCCAACUUCACUGCCCCAACCAACAUCACUGGAGACCUUAAUGCACCAUAUGGUAUAGCAGUUAGGGAGGGAGGAGAGGUUGUAGUAGCGGAACGGAGUAGUCACUGCAUAUCAAUCAUCAGUGAAAAUGGAGAAAAGAAAUCAUUUGGUACUGGUGGCUCAGGUCCUGGUCAGUUUACCGUCCUGAAGCAGUUUUCAUCCGCUGGCAAACACCUCAGAACAGUCGGUACACUGGGCAGUGGACCUCUUCAGUUCCAGUAUCCUGGAGGUAUUACAGUUCAUCCUCACACUGGCAAGGUGUAUGUUGCUGACUAUGGCAACCACAGAAUUCAGGUUCUGAACUCUGACCUCACACACUCCAGUAGUUUUGGUAGGAAGGGCUCUAACAUUGGAGAGUUCAGUUAUCCUUAUGAUGUAGCUACAGACAGCGAUGGCAAUGUGUAUGUAGCUGAUCACGACAACCACAGAAUCCAGGUCUUCACAGUCGAUGGGGUCUACUUGAGGCAGUUUGGGAAGAAGGGAGAAGGAGAGGGAGAACUAAACGAACCAGUCAGUAUCGCUGUUGACUCUGGCAAUGUAGUGUAUGUUGGUGAACUAAAGAACAAUCGUAUAACAAUAUUCUCUACUGAUGGAGAGUUUAUCAAGUCAUUUGGAAGAAAGGGAAAAAGUCCUGUGGAGUUUGAUUGUCCAUAUGGACUAGCAGUAGACAAGAAAGGAACAGCACAGCUGAGUCGUCACCUGGUGGGACUCUGGGUCACUGGGAACCCCACUGCUAAUGCCCUCCUCCACAGAGUACUGCCGCUGGGUCUAAUGCAGUACCUCAAGUCCAAUGAGAAAGUUCCGGAAGAGGCAGACCGCAUGCAUGUCAGAGACAACCUCAAGGCCGUACAGGGUAUAUUUUCAGAGAACAAGGAGAAGCUCAUCAACGGAUCCCUCACCGCACUGCUGAUGAAGGAAGGAGACCAGAAUUCCCUCCCAAAUGACAGACUAGAAGAACAGUUCCAUGCCCUCAGGAGACUAGUGGCCUCCAAGGCUGGCUACGAGGCCUUCACCUCCCUCACCAAUUUCAGGGAGAUAGUUGGGAAGAAGGUGGUUCGAGCCCUCCGCAGGAAGGACGACGGGAUCAGCCAUGCCUGUGUGGACUUCCUGUGUGCCCUCAUGCAGCCCAUGCACGACAACUACGACCUGAGACAGGAGCAGAUGAACAAGUCCUCUCUCCUCUCCAGCAAACCGUUCCUGGAGAUGGUGCUGGAACCUCUCAAGACACACGUGCAACUUGGGACGGGAGCACUGGUAGUCAGCUCCAUCCUCGAUUUCUUCACAUUUGCCGUCUGUCCUCCCUACAGUGAGACAACUGAAGCAGAGAAGUUUGACAUGGUUUUGGAGCUCAUUUCUGGUCUGUCUCCAUUAUAACAGUACAUCUCCAUUAUAAUACAUACAUACAGUACUCAUUCAUCUGUAUUGUCAAUUGU